AGAGAGCAAAAAAUGGGUGGCACACUGGCAUCUACGUUGCUGAGAUUUAUUUUCCCACCACCAUCUUCUCUUUUCAUCACGGCCAUGUCAGUGUUUAGCUUCACAUCAACAGCUUAUCUUGGGUUCUCAGAAUUAAGAGGAAAGCACUUGCCGUAUUCCAAGUUUUGGAAUGGAAGCUCUACAAAAUCUGGAAGAAGAAAGCAGACUGAAGUUUGUAGCAGGAAAGGCAUGCUCUUUGGUUAUACCCCUGCCUUUCUUGCUUGUCUCACAUCCUUUGUGCUUUUGGCACCUCAAGAUACCCGGUUUUUAUUGCUCCGUUCUGCUUUAACCCUUCAUUUCUUCAAGAGGAUAUUUGAGGUGCUGUUUGUUCACAAAUACAGUGGGGGGAUGAUUCUUGAUUCAGUAAUCCAGAUCUCUCUCAGUUACUUUAUGACCACUGCAACAAUGAUAUAUUCCCAACACCUAACACAAGGGAUUUCAGAUCCACCAGUUGAUCUUAAGUAUCCUGGAGUUUUGCUGUUUCUUAUAGGAAUCGGAGGCAACUUUUACCACCAUUACCUCCUCUCCAAACUCAGAGGAAAGAGUGACAGAGAAUAUAGGGUUCCCAAGGGUGGUUUAUUUGGCUUGGUUAUAUGCCCACAUUAUCUGUUUGAAAUCAUCAGUUUCUUGGGGAUCUCGUGCAUUUCUCAGACACUUUAUGCAUUUUCUUUCACUCUGGGCAGUGCUUUGUUCCUGAUGGGAAGGAGUUAUGCCACAAGGAGAUGGUACUCGUCAAAAUUUGAGGAUUUCCCUCAGCAUGUCAAGGCUCUCAUUCCAUAUAUUUUCUAGAAUGUAAAACACAGUUAGAAAAAACAUAAUAAUUGGCGAGAGAAGUGAUACAACCACGCAUAUCGUAAAAGUAAACUCACAAAUUGACAUGAUUCUAUAUGAUACGUUAGAUUUAUUUUACAGUAAAAAUAACUUUACAAUUUAACGUAUUGUAUCAUAGCACGUCAAUUUAUGUGUUUACGUUUAUAAGAUCUCUUUGUAACUAAAAUAUUUAUCAAUUAGCAAACACAUGACUCUUGUAAGGUUUAUAAUACUCUAUUUUAAAAGUCAAUAUGUAUUUUUUUUGGUUUGCCCUUUUUUUAGCAUAGAACUAGUUAGUGUUGUUUUGACAAGUUGACAACUUGCAAUGGUAUGUCUGCUCUGCUAUUAAAAUUUGGGGUUAUGCCCUAUAUAAGUGGAAAUUUUUUUUUUC